UUUGUUAUGUAAAUCGAUGGUGAGCGCUCCGUCUCGAGGUUGGCAGAGCGCGCUGUCAAAACGCUGUCAGUCGGUUGGGCGUCUGUGGGUUGGUAUCGUUGGACACUUAGAUACAUAUUUUUUUUCUCUCGCUGCUGCUGGUUACUUGGUAAAGUGCGUGAUUUUUGGGUGUAUCGUUGCGCCAUUUUCUCCGGGGGGCCCCCCAACACAUACACACAACAGAGACUCUCCGUGCAAAGAAACGGAUACGACGAGGGAGCGCUGCGACGAGAAACAGGAUCCGUUCGGACGGAAUGCGAGGAGCGCUUCGAGGGAGACGACGACGGAUGUUGUAAGAAAGUUAUGUGUCUUGUUGACGAGCUGAGCUGAGCUAAGCCGGAGCAGACAUGCCGUUGCCGAAGAGGUCGGUGGAGCCGGUCUACGUGUCCAGGGGCACCAUCCCCGAGGACUUCCCGCUCCCAUCGGAACUGGAGGCGGCCACGAAUGGUACGUUGGCGAACACCGUUAGACAACUGUCCUCGUUGUCGCGGCACGCUGAAGACUUGUUCGGAGAGUUGGCGCGCGACGCCCAGCAGCUCUACGACCGUUCCAACUCGCUGCAAGCGAGGAUCGAUCGGCUGGCCGUCAAAGUCACGAUGCUGGACAGCACCGUUGAAGAGGUCAACCUCAAGGAUAUCCACAAGAGGAAGUCUUUCAAGAGCGCCGUCGUUUUUGAUCAGCAAAUCUUCUCGAGGAGCACGAUGCCGACGGCUAUGCUGGAAACGUAUCAAUCGUGCGAUCGCCCGCCGCCUCUCGAUAAAUUGAAUUGCUAUCGCGAUGACGGAAAGGACGGUCUCAAGUUCUACACUGAUCCCAAUUACUUCUUCGAGCUGUGGCGGCAGGAGAUGAUUAAAGACACGGAGAGGGCUAUGCAAGGUAAGAAACCGCACAAGCCGAGGAACGCCCAAGGACCGGAUAGCAGUGGCAGAUUGAAGAAACGCGUUCGUCAGCCGCACAAGACGAUCGAGAGGCAACGGCAAAUAGCCAUGGGUCACGGGGAGUAUCUGAUGCCGCAGCAGCAGACGCCGCCCAGAGAGACGGUGGCCUACAGGAAUCCUCAGCAAAUGGAGGAGCACGUGAUGAUGGAGCAGCGGGCGAACCGACCCAACUCGAUCGAGAUCAGGAGAUCGUACCAGCAGGAGGUUCCCGAUGGCAUGCAUUCCCCGAUCUACCCGCCCUACGAGGAGAAUCCCUACCAGCAGGGCAUGUACGGUGCUGGUCCGAUGAGCAACGACAGCUUGUAUCAACCGUCGACGCCCACCCGCAAGAUACGACCGUCGCAACCGCCUCCGGCUCCGCCCAGCAACCAGUCGACGCCGUCGGCGAACACACCGACGAGAGGGCGUAGCAUGUCCACGGGUAGGGACAAUCUGCCACCACCGCCGCCGCCCCCCGACACCAUGUCUCCGCCAAAUGGCAUUCCACCGCACCUCACCCGCCAAUCAUCGCAUUCGCGCUCGAACAGUCCGCAUUCCAAUCAGCACACACCGGAACCGAUCCAAGAUUUGCCACCGCCACCUCCAGUGCCCAAGCAGGCAUCGCCACCCAAACAGUCCACGCCCAUCGCUCCGCCUCCACCGCCGCCGCCACCUAUGCCCCUCCUGAGCAACGGACCGACGUCACCGCCUCCACUGCCGAUGCUCAACGGCGAUCUGGCCAAGAUCCUGAACUCGACGCCACCGAAGCUGACGCCGCCCAAAGAGCGCGCCAGCCAGAAACCCCCUCCGAUGGUCGAUCCUCGGAACGAUCUGCUCAAAGCCAUCCGAGACGGCAUCAAAUUGCGAAAGGUGGAGAAGAACGAGCAGAAGGAGGUGGAGCGAGGAAACGGUCUUCACGACGUCGCCAGUAUAUUGGCGAGAAGGGUUGCGGUCGAGUUCAGUGAUUCGGAUUCGGGAACGGAUUCAGAGUGUGACAGUGAGGGAUGGGAGGAGAACGAGACAUCUGCGUGACACAGACGCAAGGCCAGCACGGCUAGUCACUCAUAUGUAUAAGAACGCACAACGAAUGAUACCGAUUAUUAUGAACAAGAUGAAAGCGGC